AGCCCCUCCCCUUCUUCUCCCCAGAUCCCCAAUUCCCCAAUCCCGCAACCUCUCCCAUCCCAAACCCUAGCGGGCACACAGCCUCUGUGCCGCCAUGGCCGCCGCCGCCAAGAAGCCCCCGCUCAAGUCCAGCUCCUCGCACAACUCCGUCGCGGGCGGCGGCGCCGGGAAGACCAUCGAGGAGAUGUACCAGAAGAAGACGCAGCUGGAGCACAUCCUCCUGCGGCCGGACACGUACAUCGGCUCGGUGGAGAAGCACACGCAGCCGCUGUGGGUCUACGAUGACGGCGCCAUGGUGCACCGGCCUGUCACCUACGUCCCCGGCCUCUACAAGAUCUUCGACGAGAUCCUCGUCAACGCCGCCGACAACAAACAGCGCGACCCCAAAAUGGACUCCCUCCGGGUCUUUAUCGACGUCGAGGGCUGUUGUGUCUCCGUAUACAACAACGGAGACGGCAUACCCGUCGAGAUCCACCAGGCGGAGGGCGUCUACGUGCCGGAGAUGAUCUUUGGCCACCUCCUCACUAGCAGCAACUACAACGACAACGAGCAGAAGACAACAGGAGGGAGGAACGGCUACGGUGCCAAACUCACCAACAUCUUCUCGACGGAGUUCACGAUCGAGACAGCUGAUGGGCACCGGCAAAAGAAGUACAAGCAGGUUUUCUCUGAAAACAUGGGGAAGAAGUCGGAGCCUGAGAUUUCAAAGUGCAAGCAGUCAGAGAACUGGACCAGAGUUACUUUCAAGCCCGACCUUGCGAAAUUUAACAUGGCCCAUCUGGAAGAUGAUGUCGUGGCACUCAUGAAGAAGCGAGUAGUUGAUAUGGCAGGAACCCUUGGCAAAACCGUGAAGGUUGAGUUAAAUGGCCAGAAAGUGCCAGCAAAGAGCUUCUUGGAAUAUGUGAAUUUGUAUAUAGACUCGGCUUCCAAAGAUGGAGUCAAGCUCCCCAGUAUUUACCAAAAAGUAAAUGAUCGGUGGGAGGUCUGUGUGAGUCUAAGCGAAGGGCAGUUUCAGCAGGUCAGCUUUGUAAAUGGAAUUGCGACCAUAAGAGGUGGAACACAUGUUGACUAUGUUGCUAACCAAAUCGCCACCCAUGUGAUGGCCGUUGUGAACAAGAAGAACAAGCAAGCUAACAUGAAAUUGCACACAGUAAAGGGGUAUUUAUGGGUGUUUGUUAAUGCGCUCAUUGACAACCCCGCCUUUGAUUCACAGACCAAGGAGACCUUGACCACUCGUCAGGGAAGCUUUGGGUCCAAGUGUGAUCUCUCUGAUGAUUUCCUUAAGAAGGUUGCUGACUCAGGUGUUGUCAGCAAUCUCCUUUCUUGGGCUGAUUUCAAACUAAGCAAGGAACUCAAGAAGACUGAUGGGAGCAAGAGGUCAAAUGUACUCGGCAUCCCUAAACUUGAGGAUGCAAAUGACGCUGGUGGGAGGGACUCUGAUAAGUGCACCUUGAUCCUUACUGAAGGAGAUUCAGCAAAGGCUCUUGCUAUGGCUGGCAGAGGUAUUGUAGGAAAUGAUCACUACGGUGUGUUUCCUCUCAGGGGUAAAUUAUUAAAUGUGAGAGAAGCAACCCAUAAGCAGAUGAUGGAGAAUGCAGAGAUCCAAAAUAUUAAGAAAAUAAUUGGUCUGCAGCAUGGAAAGGAGUACAAUAGCACAAAAGACUUGAGAUAUGGCCAUCUCAUGAUAAUGACAGAUCAGGACCACGAUGGUUCACACAUCAAAGGCUUGCUGAUCAAUUUCAUUCACUCAUCCUGGCCAUCUCUCCUAAAAGUCCCAUCUUUCUUGGUUGAGUUCAUCACACCAAUUAUCAAGGCAACCAAUAAAAGGAGCAAAUCUGUAAUUUCAUUUUACUCAAUGCCAGACUAUGAAGCAUGGAAGGAGAGGCUAGGGGCAAAUGCAAGUGCUUGGUCUAUAAAGUACUACAAGGGGCUGGGAACCAGCACUGCAGACGAAGGCCGCGAGUACUUUGAAAAGAUUGCGCAUCACAGGAAGGAUUUUGUCUGGGCGGAUGACAAGGAUGGAGAUGCUAUUGAGUUAGCAUUCAGCAAGAAAAGGAUUGCUGAUAGGAAAGACUGGCUAAGCAAUUAUCAGCCUGGAACUUGCCUUGAUCAACGCGAGAAACGCAUCAAGUACAGUGAUUUUAUCAACAAAGAGCUGAUACUCUUCUCGAUGGCAGACCUUGAACGGUCAAUUCCUUCAAUGGUUGACGGCCUUAAACCAGGCCAGAGGAAGAUUUUGUUUUCCUCAUUCAAGAGAAACUUGGUUAAAGAAAUUAAGGUGGCACAAUUUAUUGGUUAUGUGUCUGAACACUCAGCAUACCACCAUGGGGAGCAGAGUCUAGCAAGUACGAUUCUAGGAAUGGCUCAAGAUUAUGUUGGCAGCAAUAAUAUAAGUCUAUUGGAGCCCCGUGGCCAAUUUGGCACCAGAAAUUCGGGGGGCAAAGAUGCUGCCAGCGCGAGGUACAUCUACACCAGAUUGCCUUCUAUCACUCGCAUAAUUUUCCCGAAGGAUGAUGAUGUUCUUCUGAACUAUUUGAAUGAAGAUGGACAGUCAAUCGAACCCACCUGGUACAUGCCAAUCAUUCCCAUGGUUUUGGUCAAUGGAAGUGAAGGCAUUGGCACUGGAUGGAGCACCUAUACCCCAAACUAUAAUCCAAGAGAUAUUGUUGCUAAUCUGAAACGAUUACUAAAUGAUGAUCCGAUCGUACCAAUGGAUCCUUGGUACAAGGGGUUCAAGGGCUCUUUUGAGAAGACAACUACAAAGGCAGCAGGUGUCACAUAUACCAUCUCUGGUAUUAUAGAGGCAGCCAAUGACACCAAGCUUAUAAUUAGUGAGCUCCCUGUCCGCCGCUGGACUUUAGAUUACAAAGAAUUUCUUUUGUCCAUGUGUCCUCAAAGUGUGAAGGAAAAGGAAAAAGAGAAGGACAAGAAUAAGAACAAGAGCAAGGAUAAGGACAAGGACAAGGACAAGAAUAAGGAAAAGGAACCACCAUUUCUUGAGGAUCUUAGGUCUCAAUGCGAUGAUUCCUCUGUAUAUUUUGAACUUACAUUGAGCGAGAAAAACAUGGCUAUCGCUAUGCAAGAAGGCCUUGAGAAGAAAUUCAAGCUGACAAACACAAUGGGAACGACAAACAUGCACUUAUUUGACUCGAAUGGUAAAAUACGAAAAUAUGACACACCGGAGGAAAUACUUCAAGAGUUUUUCACACUGAGGCUCGAAUUCUAUGGCCGAAGAAAGAUAACAAUGUUGAAAAAUAUGAGGGUGGAAUUAUUGAAGCUUGAGAACAGAGUUCGUUUUAUUCGUUCUGUUAUUAGUGGCGAUAUAAAAGUAAAUAACAGGAAGAGGGCUGAGCUAUUCCUGGAGCUUAAGGAGAAGAAUUUUGAUGCUUUCCCGAAGAAAAAAAAUAAGACAGAGCCAGUUGCAGUAGGAGCUGAAGAAGAAGAUGAAGAAAAUGAAGAGAGUCCUGCUGAAGAUACUGAUGGAGUUCUUGGAGGUGAUUAUGAGUAUCUUCUCUCGAUGGCAAUCGGUACUUUGACUCUAGAGAAGGUGAAGCAGCUCAUAGCACAAAAGGACAAUCUAGUGAAUGAAGUUGAAAGGCUGAGUAAAACAGAUCCAAAAUCUCUCUGGGUGAAAGACCUUGAUGCUCUUGAGAAGGAACUGGAUGUGCUUGAUGCUGAACUUAAAGCUGCUGAGGAGAAGAGAAGACUGGCAAGGGAAAAAUCGACAAAAGAUGGUAAGGCAUCUAAAGCAGCACCCAAGAGACAGCCAAAGAAGACUGCAGCCAAGUCUCAGAAGGCAAAUUUGGCUGGGAGCGAUGAUGAAGAUUAUGUAGCAGCAAUUCCCAAACCGGCAGCACAGAAGAAGAAACCAGCUAAGAAGGCAAGUGCACAGGUGAAAGAUGCUGAGGAUGAAAUUCUUGAACUAAAAGACCGCCUUGCUGCUUCUAAUCUUGACUCUUCUCCAGAACAUAUUGACAUGGAAACUGAGACUACAGAGGGACCGGAGAAAGGAAAGAAGGGAGUGGAUGAACCAAGCAAUAGAGGUGCAGCAAAAAAGGCCAUGUCAUCUUUAGCAGACUGGUCUGACGAAGAAGACUUAACAGCACCCAUCCAUGAGAGCGAGGACGAAGGGUUUGCCAUGGAAGAAGUGCAAGUUGAGAAGAAAACUAGAGGCAGAAAGCCUGCUGCUGAGAAGUCAAAGCCUGCCGUCAGGAAGAGGGCGCCAGCUCAGAGCAAGGGCAUGAGGCAGAAAGUGAUGGAAGAAAUAUUCAAACCUACAGACGAUAGUACCACAAGUGCUCCUUCUCCUGUGAAGAAAGUGCGCAAGAUGAGGGCUUCCCCCUUCAACAAGAAGAGCGGCUCGGUUUUCCAAAGAGUUGCAGGUGCUUCAACUGGAACAGAAGAUACUGACGCUCCCCAGUCUGGGAGCUCUGCUGAGCCAGUUGCCCCUAGGAGGACAGCCAGGGAGAGGAAAGCAAAAGCAAUAUAUAUCGAUUCUGCCAGCGACAAUGAUGACUCUGAGGACGAAGAUGUGCAGGAUUUGAGCGAUGAAUCUGACUUCGAUGAGGACGAAGACUAAACCCAUUCACUCUACUGCUGAACUCAAUUUUUGAGAAAUUCGGUAGUUCAUUUGGUUAGUUUAUAACUCUAUAUGUUGCAUUGAUGCAUCUCUUGUGCGUCCUGUGUUGUCGAGACAUUAUGCCAUCGAUCUGAGGCUAGUGCUUGUGGGAUCUCUAUGUUGAGUUAUGAAAUCAAUGAACUUGAGGCAUUUGAUGCAUUGAUUAGCUUAA